CUCUGUGAUGCUGGGUCCAAUCGUUAUCUGUGGCUCCAGCUAUUGGCUUAAAGCUAUUGACUGCCUGACACCAUCUGCAAGGCUGCAAUCUCUACUCUGUUCAGAUCCAUUCAGCACCCGACUUGAGUCAGUGAGCAGGCUAUCUUUGCUUUAAGCAGAAUCGGAUCUUGUUAACCUAGUUCAAUCUUAGUAAUACAGAUCGUUAUAUGCUCUCGUUUGCAACGUUGCACGGCAGAUAACUGAGCAGCAUUGAAUCUAAAUGGAACUUUGCGAGCAAACAAAAUAGGAGACAUGUUAGGAACAUAUUUAUCACAUCAAGUGCUGGAUCAAACUUGAACUCUGUUUUUGAUUUUCCUGCAAUUAGAAAAGGUCACUUUCACUUUUUUUUGUAAAAGCAACAUUUCAGUUUUUGUUUUGUGUGUUUUUUUUUUUUUUUAAAUACAUUUUGGAUAACUGGUUAUUUCAGAAUAUUGUGAACACUUUAAGCUGCACGACUGCACGACUGCACAGACUAAAUUACUGAUGGUCGAUGCCAAAGGGAAGAACAUGAAAUGUCUUACUUUUUUUUUAAUGCUUCCAGAAACUGUAAAGAACCGAUCGAAAAAAGGCCCCAAAAAGGUGAGCCCAAGUAACAGCUGUAGCAGUAGCAGUAGCAGCAGCAGCAGCAAGUUGCCUCCAGUUUGCUAUGAAAUAAUCACCUUAAAAACCAAAAAGAAGAAGAAGAUGGCUGCUGAGAUAUUCCCUAAUAAGAAACCGGCAAACAGCAAUUCAAACUCAGCUCAACAAUAUCACCAGCAAAAUCUCAAUAAUAACAACACCAUCCCAUCCCCGAACUGGCAGGGACUUUAUGGGACUAUUAGAGAAAGAAAUGCUAUAAUGUUCAACAAUGAAUUGAUGGCAGAUGUUCAUUUUGUGGUGGGACCACCAGGUGGGACCCAGCGCUUACCAGGACACAAAUAUGUUUUAGCUGUUGGAAGCUCAGUGUUUCAUGCUAUGUUUUACGGAGAGCUUGCUGAGGACAAAGAUGAAAUUCGUAUACCAGAUGUUGAACCUGCAGCUUUUCUUGCUAUGCUGAAGUAUUUAUAUUGCGAUGAAAUCGACUUGGCUGCUGACACGGUUUUGGCAACACUGUAUGCUGCUAAAAAAUAUAUUGUUCCUCACCUUGCCAGAGCAUGUGUUAACUUCCUAGAAACUAGUCUCAGUGCAAAGAAUGCUUGUGUUCUACUCUCUCAAAGCUGCUUGUUUGAAGAACCUGAUUUGACCCAGAGGUGUUGGGAAGUGAUUGAUGCACAGGCGGAACUUGCUUUGAAAAGCGAAGGCUUUUGCGACAUUGACUUUCAGACGCUUGAAAGUAUCCUUAAAAGAGAGACUUUAAACGCCAAAGAAAUUGUUGUCUUUGAAGCAGCCCUUUGUUGGGCUGAAGUCGAAUGUCAGCGUCAAGAAUUAACUCCUACUAUAGAGAACAAGAGAAAGGUCCUUGGCAAAGCCCUCUACUUAAUUCGGAUCCCCACCAUGGCAUUGGAUGAUUUUGCAAAUGGAGCUGCACAGUCAGGAGUUUUGACACUAAAUGAAACAAAUGACAUUUUUCUCUGGUAUACAGCAGCUAAGAAACCAGAUUUAGAGUUCGUUAGCAAUCCCAGGAAAGGUUUGGUUCCUCAAAGAUGCCACCGCUUCCAAUCGUGCGCCUAUCGUAGCAACCAGUGGCGCUACAGAGGUCGUUGUGACAGCAUUCAGUUUGCUGUGGAUAAAAGGGUAUUUAUCGCAGGAUUUGGUCUCUAUGGUUCAAGUUGUGGGUCAGCUGAAUACAGUGCAAAAAUUGAACUGAAACGCCAGGGUGUAAUUCUAGGACAGAAUCUAAGCAAAUAUUUUUCAGAUGGAUCUAGCAACACUUUCCCAGUUUGGUUUGAGUAUCCAGUUCAAAUUGAACCAGACACUUUCUACACAGCCAGUGUUAUUCUCGAUGGCAACGAGCUGAGCUACUUUGGACAAGAAGGAAUGACUGAAGUGCAGUGUGGAAAAGUAACUGUACAAUUUCAAUGCUCUUCUGAUAGCACAAAUGGGACAGGUGUCCAAGGAGGACAAAUCCCUGAACUUAUUUUCUAUGCCUGAUAGAAAUAUGCAGAUUUAAUGAAAAACGAAUGGACAAAACAUCAGUUUUGUACAGGAAUGUUUAAUUUGUCUAUGAUCACAUAUUCCUACAUCAGUGAUAUUUUUUUUGUUUACUAUUGGUAUGUAGUUGAGGUGCACAGUUUGUUUAUAAUUUAUAUUUCAAAGUUUCUAUUUACUUUGGUGUAAUACAUUGGAAAUAUUUUGUUACCAUUUUCUUACCUAAAUAAUAGGAUUAACUACCUAGAGUUUGUAACAAAUGCAUCUGUAUAUCACAUUAAGCAAAGCAAAUGUAAAUUAACAUUUUACUUAUAAACAUUUUUAAUAUGUAUAUAUGGAAAUAGACUCUCUAACAUAUAGAAAUGUUUUAACAUCAAGACUCUGUGAAAAACUUUAUUUAACUGUAU